GUGAUGAAAAAGAAGUUUAUAUUAAUCCUACAAAACGUACUAUUUGACAUAAAUAGAAGUUUUUACAGACUCUUCUCUCCUUCUGGAUAUGGUGAGUCUAUUGCCAAAUUUUGAAUCCAUCAUUUCUCAUUCUCUCUCUCACACACACCCGGAGUUAGAUUCCCUUACCAUAUCAUACUCGUAUAUGCAGAGCUUGAGCGUGAGUAAUCGCGCUAACUGGGGUUUCACACUCAGCACAACUCCAAGAGCUUGUAUUUCGCAGCAAACUUUCUGUCUAGCAUUAGGGAACAAGAAAGAAAACAAGGGACAUAGUGGGAUCUUAGAACUUGACCCAACUGAUAACUUGGUUGAGAAUGAUUCUCAAAAGCUCAAGGAAUACAGAUUGCCUCCUUUGGUUAGUGCAUUGAAAGCUUCAGUGGAGGAAAAUGCAGCCAGUUUUCACUUUCCUGGACAUAACAGAGGACAAGCAGCUCCUUCAUCAUUGACCCGACUAAUUGGUGCAAGACCGUUUCUGCAUGACUUGCCAGAACUUCCAGAGCUUGACAAUCUUUUUGCUCCUGAGGGACCUAUUUUGCAAGCACAAAAACAGGCAGCUGCACUUUUCGGAGCAUCAGAGACGUGGUUUCUUGUUGGUGGAAGUACAUGUGGGGUCCAGGCAGCGAUAAUGGCAACUUGUUUGCCUGGAGAUGUUCUCAUUCUCCCACGAAACUCUCAUAUCUCAGCAAUAUCUGCCAUGGUACUAUCCAGCGUGGUACCCAAGUACAUUGUUCCCGAAUAUGACCCUGAAUGGGACAUAGCCGGUGGCAUUACUCCUUCGCAGGUAGAGGAAGCCAUCAAAGAACUAGAGAUGGAAGGUCUCAAACCAGCUGCCGUUUUUGUCGUAUCACCUAGUUAUCAUGGUGUAUGCAGUGACAUUGGUGCGAUUUCUGAGCUCUGUCAAAAGAAUGAGAUCCCUGUAAUUGUUGAUGAGGCUCACGGGGCUCACUUUGGCUUCCACCCACAGCUGCCAGUCUCAGCUCUUGCUCAAGGGGCUGAUAUUGUCGUGCAAUCGACUCACAAAGUACUGUGCUCUCUUACACAGUCAUCGAUGCUGCAUCUUUCCAGUAAUCUUAUUGACAGGGAGAGGAUCUGCAGGUGCCUUCAAAUGCUUCAAAGCAGCAGCCCAAGUUAUCUGUUGUUAGCGUCAUUAGAUGCUGCUACAGCUCAACUAAGUGAUAACCAGGGAACCAUUUUCAAUGAAGCUAUCGAACUAGCUGUGGAAACAAGAUGUAUGAUCAAAGAAAUCCCCAGAAUCUCACUCUUUGACACCGCGAACUUCCCUACAGCUCCUGCUAUUGAUCCUUUACGACUCACUGUAGGCAUGCAGAAACUUGAUCUUUCAGGGUUUGAAGCUGAUGAUAUCUUAUACAGGACCUUCGGGGUGGUUCCCGAACUUGUUGGAACACAGUCUAUUACAUUAGCGUUUAACCUUGGAACCAAAAGGGAGCAUACUUUGAGACUUUUGUCAGGAUUGGAGUAUCUAUCAGCAACUUGCUCUCUCACCUUGGAUGAAGAAAGAGAGAUCAACUUCACAACUUUAGCACCCUUCGAUGACUUCAACGUGGUUUUGAGUCCAAGAGAUGCCUUUUUUGCUCGUAAACGAAAAGUAAGCCUUGAGGAUAGUCUAGGUAAAAUAUGUGGGGAGCUGAUAUGUCCUUAUCCACCUGGGAUUCCGGUGAUGAUCCCGGGUGAGGUUGUUACGGAGAGAGCCCUCAAGUACUUGCUGCAUGUUAAAAGCAAGGGUGCCACCAUCAGUGGAGCUGCAGACCACCUCCUCUCUUCCCUCGUCAUAUGUGAUACCUAAGGUAUCAUUGUUCUAUCAAAGUUCACAUAUUUGCUAAAUGCUUGAUUUUUGGAGGUGUAUAUAAUGGAUUUAUGCUCAUAAUGUUGUAUAGGUUGAUCCGAUUCUAUGUUGUCGACAUGUACUCGUGCGUGGUUUUUUUUUUUUUUUUUUGUAUGAAGAUGAGGUUCUUGUACUUUAGAAAAUAUGAGAGAAGGGAUUUUCAUUAUCAUUAAAA